AUGACGCAGAGGCUGCCUGACAGUUUUAUGAACAUGCUGAUGGGUGAAGAUCCGCCAAAUAAUGUGAAGCUGCGACAGGCCGACAGCGGGUUUCGCAGGCUGUGGGAUGUGGAGUUGGUGAUCAAGGAGGGCCACAUGUACUUGUCUCGUGGGUGGGAGAAGUUCUACCGUGCCUACGACCUGCGGCUGGGGUACUUCCUUCUCUUCAGGUACGACGACGACGCCACCAUGCUCAUCGUGAAGGUGUUCAACGUGACUAUGUGUCGCAUGCGCUACGCUGAAGAUUAUGAUGCCGGUCAUCGUGUUGCUGGAGUAGGUGACAUUCAAAUCAACAUGUUUGACGGAGUUGAGCGGAUGCUUGGGGGAGUCAGGCAUGUGCCAGGGCCAAGGAGAAAUCUAAUUUCGCUUGGUGUUCUUCAUGAUAGUGGUAUGGAAUUCUGCUGUGAUCGGGAUAAGGAAACCAUGAAAAUUAUGAAGGAUGGGGUGACUGCGAUGAUAGGAGAAAGAACGGCUUCACAUCUUUACAAGUUGCAAGGGAACUCUAUUGCAGGUGGAGCCAUGCUAUCAAGAGCUUGCAAGCAGCCUGACACCCGCACUACCCUAGAAAACGCAACGGCAAAACAUAUGGAUCACAGCAAGAACUGCGACCAUGGCCUGGCAGAGAUCGAAGCGCUGCUGCGUCGGGAGCAGGAGCUCGUGACGCAGCUCCGAGCGCUCAUCCUUCCACAACUCCACAACGUGGAUAGCGGGUCGGCCGAGCUCGCCGCCCAGCUCUUCGACGACGUGAUCGGCUGCAGCACCAGCGUCGUAUCUAAGCUCUUCACUGCUGGAAGUGGAGCGACCAUCGAGCUCAUCGACGACAAGUCCUUAGUGAGGAAGAAAAGCCCUAGUACUGCUGCUGCUGCUGCUAUCGAUGACAAGAUGGACGAACAGGCGAAGCCUAGCUGCAUCGUUGGUCGAAAGAGAAGGAGGAACGACGGCAAGCGAUCAAGAUCACUCGUGACCAAUGUUCCGCAUUAUGAUGGUCACCAGUGGAGAAAAUAUGGGCAGAAGAACAUCAACGGAAGGCAACAUGCUAGGAGCUACUACAGAUGCACCUACACAGAACGGAACUGCUCAGCAACUAAGACAGUUCAGCAACAAGAUCGAGAUGGCGGCGGUUCUAUUUAUUCCGCAGACGCUGGUGAGGAUCAGGGUGCAAAGUACACUGUCGUGUACUACGGUGAUCACACAUGCAAGGCCGGCGACAACAUCAGUAACAACAUUAUCGAUCAUCUGCCCAAUCUUGUAGAUAUAGAUCUUCGGAGGGGUGAAACAGAGCGAGUAACGGCAGAAAUUUCAGAGUUCGACAUGGAAUUAGAUGUGCCGGCUCUGCUAGAGGUGUUCAACAAUUCUCAGCUGAAUUGGGAGAUCGUAUGCUAGCCAGUUAGUAGACAUAUUUGUUUAACUUAAGCAUGUUUGGGUGAGUGCUCAAAUUUGAUGGUAAAUUAUUUCAAUGGUUCUU